AUGUCUGCCUUCGUCAAAACGCAACUUCCAGUCAUUCCCCGCAGCCACACACACGCCAUCUCGAAGCGGUCCGCCCAGAGGCCGAAAGCACGCCCUGAUCGAUUCGCCAAUAUGAACCCCUGGGAAACCUGCGCUCUACAGUACCAUUUCCCCGAGCCAGCCGGCAAUGAUGAUCAACAACGUACCCUCACGCAGCGCCAGCGUCCCGAAAACGCAGACCCCGUCAUGUAUCCCGGUCUCUACUGCCCCAGCGGAUUUGACAUGAUGAGCAUCCUUUUCCGUGUCAUGGGUCGGUCCUCGCCCAAGGUCGAACUCGGCCCUAUCGAUUGCUCAGUCGCCCUCGUCCUCUGCGAUCUCGCCCAGCCUGAUUGCCCUAUCGUCUACGCAUCAGAAGCCUUUACCUUCCUUACCGGGUACUCCAAUGCCGAGAUCCUCGGACGCAACUGCCGUUUCCUGCAAGCACCCGGCGGAAAGGUCAGCCGAUCUUCUCCUCGCAAGUACGUCGAUGACAGGAUGGUCAAGCAGAUGCGCAAGGCUGUGGAGAAGAACGACGAGGUCCAACUCGAGGUCCAAAACUUCCGCAAGGACGGCUCGCCGUUCAUGAACAUCUUGACGAUGAUCCCUGUCACCUGGGACAGCGAAGACUAUCGAUACAGCGUUGGCUUUCAAGUUUCGCGCGACGAGUGA